CUUCAAGAUGCAUCUACUUUUGUUCAUCUGUAUUACAUCCUUUGUUUCCUUUCACCUGGAAGCAGCAAAAACUAUAUCCUGUCAGGACGAAAAAUGCCAACUUUGUAGUCCUACAGGAUGUUUAACCACUUGCGAAGGACCUGCGUGUGAAAAUUGCCCCAGCGGAAACUGUUGUCAUGGGGAGGCAUGCAAUAUUUGCAUAGAUUCACUUUGCUGCGAAACAGAAAGGUGCAAUUACUGCGUACAGAGAUGCAGUAGAAGAUGUUCAGUCAACCAUAUAAGAAGCAGAGAAUUUUGUCACACCAGAUGCUCUCAAAUGUGCUUGGAAAACCAAAAUUCAACUGGUACCAACACUUCUGCAAUACCAGAUUCAGCACCAUCAACCAUAAACCAAAACCUCUACAACGUUACAACAAUAAUCAAACUAUUCAACUACCUGAACAAUACCAACAUAAUAGACACCCCAGUGACCAUUAACAUGACCAAUACCAACAACUUUACUGUUCAUGGUACGGGAAUUGAAAAUGAAAUGCAGAGCCAAAGUUCCCAAUGUUGUUAUAUUGUUCAUCCUGAAGAAUGUCCUGAUGAAGAUAACAAGAACGUUUGCUUCAGAAGAAAGCACGUGGAAUGCUCCUAUUUGUGUUCUUCAAAUUACGUUCUCAUACGAAAGGAAGAAAGUUUGACCAACAGCACUUGCAUCCCUGUUUCUUCAGCACCCCAUUGGUAUUGUGGGAAAUAUGUGACAGAAAAUUGCCAAGAAUGUUAUGCUUGUGGUCAGGAAAGUUGUACUGAUCAACCAACUUGCUCACAAACCUGUAAGGAUUCGAUUGUACCCGAAGAAUUUUACAACACACCUUACCAGAAGAAUUUAAAUUAAUUAUUUUGUUUUCAAAAUUAUGUUUUAAGAUUAAAUGUCACAAUUCAAAAUAAAGAAGAAAUUAU